GAAAAGGUUGUCAAACUUCUUUUAAGCAUUUGAGCAUCGUCACUCGAAGAAGUACAAUGCUUCAAGCUACCGGAACGACGGCACCGGCUCUACCUGUAGUGUUUUCCUGUUUUUGGAGUCGACCGGUUGUCCUACCUCUCCGGAAUGCAAAGACCUUCAAACCUGUCGCAUGUCUCAAACUGAAAGGUGGCAAAGGAGUGAAUGGGCUCCAUGAAACUGAACUUAAAGUUCGCGAUUAUGAAUUAGAUCAAUUUGGUGUUGUGAACAAUUCUGUUUAUGUAAACUACUGCCAACACGGUCAACACGAGUUUAUGGAUAGUAUCGGUAUCAACUGUGAUGAAGUAUCCUGUUCUGGUGAAGCUUUGGCCAUUUCUGAGUUGUCAAUAAAGUUUCUUGCACCUUUACAUAGUGGAUGCAAGUUUGUGGUGAAAACAAGGAUAUCGGGGACAUCUUUGGCGCGCAUUUACUUUGAACAGUUUAUCUUUAAACUUCCAAAUCAAGAGCCUAUUUUGGAGGCAAAAGGAAUGGCUGUGUGGCUUGACAAUAAGUACCGUCCGGUUCGUGUCCCAUCUUACAUACGCUCUAAUUUCGGAUAGGGCUCUACAAAUAUUUGGAAUUGUAGUCGCUUUGGCAUGGUAUUGAUUUCCAUUUGAUAAGUAAGAUUCAGAUAUAUGUAAUACGAAGUCUAAUGUCAAAGAUGCAUUGAAAAUGUAA